AUGAAUUUCCAGUCAUAUUUACGAGUUUUCAACGGUUUAAAAAGGGCAGCUAACAAGGUAAAAGUUCCCGAAAAGGUGAAAGGAGGUCGAGUAGAAAAGAUUGGGAAUUACUUUUACAACAUUUAUGGAGACUACAAAGCUGCUUUUCUAGACACUCUACAAGACAUUAAGGAUAAGCCUUUAAAGGCCAGUUUUUAUUUCUCAUUACUUGGAACAGGUGCUGUCUUUUAUAAACUGAACCCAACAGAGGCUAGUUUCAAAGAACUAAUCAUAGAAAAUGCCAAUGAUCUGGCAUUAGUUGGCGAACCUAUCAGAAGCAAAACUUCUGACAAGUUCAUGGAAAAUGUUAUUCAUAAAUUCAAUGAUGGAUAUUUAAGAUACCAAAAUGUAGGAUUAUUUUCUAUAAUUUAUAAAACAGAAUAUAAUAAAGGUUUAAAGCUAUUUAAUGCUCAGUGUAAAUAUGCAAAACCUCACUGGACCGAAUUUCACAAGUCAAUCCUUGAUGUAGGUGUUCUUGGAAGAUGGAUAUACAUUGAUAAAGCUAUGGAAAAUUAUGACAUAAAUGAAGAUGAAUGGAGAUAA